UUUUAAUAUAAAACCCAUCAAACACCGUAUCAAAUGCAAUUUCAUAUUGCAUCUGCCUCUGCUGGUAUCAGUAUGCUAUAUAUAUGCCUCUCUUUUAAUUAUAGCUCGAUUUUUUGAACAUUAGGUAUAAAGCCAGCUUAUGUACCAAUCUUCCCCUUGAUUGAUUCAAUGUGGCCAUCGGAACUAGCAACUACGUCAACCGCUAAUGAAAUUGGCGGUAGCUAUGAAAUAAACACAGCACCGUCGAUGAUUCAGCCACCAAUAGAGCAGUACAUGUCAUUUCUAUCAGGAUGUCUUGAUUCUCCUACCAUACCCGAUUCGAAGCUGAAAAGAAAAGCUCCUGAUGAUGUAAAUAGGGAUCAAGAGAGGAAGAAAGCGGCAGACAGGGCCUAUCGGCUACGGUGCAAGUUUAAGAAAAUCAAGAAUGAGGAAGACUUGUGUGCGCUUACCGAAGAAAAUAAUAGAUUAGAUAGAGAGAACAAGCACUUAAAAAAUGAAGAAGUUCGGCUGAAAGAGGUUGUGCAAACUCAAAACGAACUCAUGAAACAACUUCAAGGUAACUUUUGCCUAUUGAAGUCCCAGCUUGACAAGCAAAACAUCGUUGUGGAGGUGCUUUCAAAGCAGCUGGCUAUGUGCAGAGAUAUAGAUCGACAACUUGAGAUUGAACGACUGAAAUGUGAAAAUGAUCUGCUGACUAAGAGAAUCAACAAUCGGGACAGCUUGAACAUAAUACAACUCGAGGCAAAAAAUACAAAAUUGGAACAAGAAAAAAGGUCAUUCCAGUUGAUAAUUGAUGCUUUGUGUUUGAAGAUAAAUAAGGACAGCAACAUGAACUGAAAGAAGCGUGCUAAGGUUAUAUUAAUGAUGUCAAUGAAUGCUGGAAAUUGUAAGGUUCAAAAACUUCUAUUUUUAAGAACAUGUUUUUUGCCAUGAUUUUUGUAAUAUACCUUUGUUUAUCUUAUUUAUAUUUGUAUGCUCUUAAUUAUUUUGAUUUUUU